CUCCACCGCCAUUAACACGCACACUUCUGGUCAGACCUGGUCUCUUUUAUAAAGUUACUACAAGACUGCUUUCUACUGGAAAACCGUUGUGUCUUCUUGACUGACCUUACCUCCCUGAGGCCGUGGUGAUGCAGAUAAUAGCUUUCCUGAAGAAGCCUGGAUGGAGAUCUGGCUGCCAGGCCUGGCUGCCUAACAGGGAUCUCGGGAGGUGGUGAGCUGGAGUGGAAGGGCUGGAAGCUGUUUGUUGUCACCUACCUUCAAUCACUGCUGACAGGCCUCCUUCCUCCAAGCAGCCCUUAGUCUGCUGCAGUCCCCAGGUGAGCUGCUGCCACCCUUAGGUAAAUUUUCUGGCUCUUGAGUUGCAUAAGAAUUCAUCCAUUUUGGCACCCAUGAGAACAGGAGACUUUGUGACAUCUUAGCACCACCAUCUCUAUUUUGAAAGCAAGAAGAUGCUGUUACAAAACUGUUCCUGUGCACGCUUUCAUGUUGUUCUAGAGACAGUGUGGGUAAGGAAAGUGUCUGCACUUGUGCCCUGAAAUCCACAAGCCUCCCACUCCAGUCUCUGCCUUGGAAUGCUAACACUGAAAGGAAGGGUAGGGUUUGUUUGCUCUCCUGAUCCACACUGCUGUAUCUCAACAUCAACACACAGCAGCUAUCUCCCCUUUGGGAGCCAGGCAGGUGACAGGGUCCUGUCCCCCUGGCAGCACACGCAGAGCAAGCAGUGCUGCCUGAAUUUUAAUGUACCACUGCAUUCCUCAGCCCUGGUGAGGGAGAAGCAGCAGGGUGUAUUGCAGUGCUCAGGUGCUGCUUUUUCUACCAAUUAUAUCAUUCUUUUGAUUAACCUCUUCUGUGAGGGAGCUUUCAGAUAGAUGUAUGACCAGUUCAAAGUUUCCUGGAGAACUGCAUCAAGUUCCCUUUUUCACACCCACAAGGCUCUACCUUGCAGGCCCCUCCAGGCAAGGUGUUUAUAGCUUCUCUUUCCUGGAGAGCAAAGAAGAAACCCUUUUUCUUUCCCCCUGUAACCCUUCCUGCCUGGCAGGCAGCAAUGAUGAUCACCUUGCUGCAAGUUCUUAUGCUUCCAUAUUGGCUUUAAGAGGGUUUGCAUGAUGCUCUGAAGCUACCCUUGGCUGUCAGACCAUGGCACUGAGCCAGCCAUGUGAAGCUGGCCAAGCUGCCCUGUCUUUGAGCCAGUGGACCAAUUUCUCUGAUAUCCCCUGGGGUUUGUGUGCCUGUGGAGUUAUAAAAGCAAGCUUCUUUCCUCUGUGCCCCAUUGUAUGGCUUCAUUUUCACAGAGGAAGGAGCUUUUUAUAUCUUAAGUAUUCUUCUACCUUUCCCAAGAGAUGCUAAUUAUUCACUUUAAAAACCCCAUCAGACUUAUUUUCUUUAUUGACAUUAAAAGGGUGAAAAAUAAAAUCCAGUAAUGAAAAUUAGACUGCAGUGUACCUAAGCCCUGCAGCAGGGGAGAAACUGCUCUUAGGCUGUGAGGCUCUUGUGGCUCUGAGGGCUCUUAAAAGAUGAGUUCUCUUUCUACCCCUGACUAGUUUUGCAGUUGUUGGUGUGUUGUCUGUGCUCUAAUUCCUCCAUCUGAAAAUGGAGGAGCAUGGAAAAUAUGCUGGGUUUGUAGGACCUCUGGGAAAAUACUCUCAAAACACCAAGUUCUGCAUCACAGUGCUCCACUAAGGAAAGGAAAUAACUGCUACUCAUAACUAGGAGUGAUGUACUUGCCUGAUUUUAAUGGGUUCUCAGUGUUGUACUUGUGUUGAGUUUGCCUACAGUUCACUCAGCUUGUGCUCCCUCCCUGAUCUGCACAGCCCUUCCCACUGGCUCUGAGUCCUGGAACAAGUUGUUUACAGCAGCAAGCCUAUCUCAAAGUCCUUGACUUGAGUGUAAUCCAUCUCAGCUGCCUGUCAGGGCUCAUUGUGAACGUGCAUCCUCCAAUCAAUCCCAGACAAGGGAGCCUGUCCUGUGUGCCAGGUUCUUCCCCCUCUCUCUGGCAGGAAGUGCUGAUUAGCUCUUCCUCCUGUUCCUUCUAGGCAGGUUGCAGGUUCCUGCACCCAGAGCUGUGCUUCACACACCUCCCAGGCAGUGGUGUGUCCUGAGAGGUGGCUCUGACAAAGCCAAGAUCACCUCAGCAAAUGCCAAAGCCCAUUUUUAUUCUGGAGUCCAUUACAAACUAGGAGGCUUUCCAGCCCAGCCAAUGGUUUGAAGAAUUUGAGUUUCUUGUUUGAGGAUGGUAAAGCCCUGCAGAGAUCUCUGGGAGGGACAAGAAGGGUGGUUGCCACCUGCAAAAUGAGCAUUUUUCUUGUGUUAAGAACAGACAUGCACAGGCUUUGUAAUAGGUUUAGAAAAUCCCUCUUGGGUACCUAAAUAAAAUCCCUGCCUUCUGUUUUAAUUUUGCCUUCCUUCUUCAUAUCUUUUAAACAGUACUGAUGGCUUCUUUUAAAAGAUUCUAACUUGAGCCUGAUUCUUUUUGGGGUGUUGGACACAUCAGUCUUUGGGGUGCAAAUGUGGAGGUCAGGAACAACAUAUUUUCUGGACAGUGGAGGUCCUACAGAAUGCCCUAUUGGAAUUGUGUCUCUCCCAGAGCAUCUGCUUGUCAGGAGGAUUUUUGUCUGGGUUUUUUUCCUCCAUUUAUCCUCUCAGGACUAACUGUUAUAGAUCCCUGUAGGGGAAUUGGAGCUUUGAAUAUCACCCAAAUUAACUUUCAAAGAGAAGGUGGUGAUAGAGGAGUUGCCUCUGGUGCUUCUUCCCAGAAAUGUUUAGAGGUAGCCGACUGCUUCCUUCAACUGGAUGUUGUGGUGAUUUGGGAUAGGGAGUGCUAUGGCAUCUCCUGCUUUAAUCCAUUCUUGAGAACUUGAUAGGGCCUGUAGGUGACACCUUUGAGGCUCCAAUUUGUGGUGCUGCAGAUCAUUUUUCUGUGUUAAUUGUCAGCUGUCAGUCACUUAUAUAUACCUGUCAAAACCUUGUUAUAACAGCUACAAAACAAAAGCAUCUGGUGAAGAGGUGCUUCAGAGAGCUGUACACACCUGUGACACAAGCAGAGCAUUCCAUUCAGGCUUGUCAGUUUUAUUUACCUGGCAUCAGAAGUAUGAACCAGCCUCUCCAUGAAAGUGGCAAGAUAGAAAUUUUGGUGGCUGGCUGUAUUAUUCUCUGUUCAAUUUUAGUUUCUCUUCUGGGAAUUCACAUAAUCACCUCUUGGGGGUUAUCUGCCUUGAUAGCUUUGUGUAGUGAAUCUGUUCUCCUUUCCUGUUGUUGGAAAAACCUUUCUGGUACUGCACAGCUGUCAGCACAAUAGAGCCACAAGAAUUUAUAUUUUUGUUCCUUAUGGGAGCAAUAACAGUAAUUUAUUUGGAGGAUUUUUUUUGUAGCUCCCUCGAGUUGUUCACCACUGAAAAAAGACUCCUGUGCUGGGGAGAAGAGCAGCAUAUUGCACUUCACUCCCAGGGGCACACCCUGACAGAGGGAGGCUGUUGAGAAUUUUCUGUAAUGUACAGUCCCUGCAAGACAGACAAGCACCCUACUCCCUGCCCUGUGCAAAUUCAAUAAUGUAGCCACUUUUUCCUGCUGGGAUUUGAAGCUUGGUGUGAUUUCUCAGGCCAGCCUGCUGCAGAAAUGCAGGAUGCCAAGGGAAUGGGAAAAUGCCCUCGUUUGCCUGAUUGUGUGAUCACUGUGUGCUCAACUGCACUCAUUGCUGAUGGAGAGCUCUUGGGGUGGGGUGAGAGGGAACAACCCUUUCUGGGUUUGCUGUAGUAAAGAACACAUUUCAGUGUGCAGUGAUAACAAGUCACCUAAACUCAGCCCAGUUUGGUUUGAAUUAGUCAGGAGAGGCUCUCAAUUACUCGGUUGUGCAUCAAAAUUAAUUCAGUUGGGAAUUUCCCAACUAAUUGGGAUUAGUUUGUCUUUUCAAGAUAGGGGAAAAGUGUCUUUGCUUGCCUUGUUUGAUAAUCUCGCUGCAGUGGUCAGGUUGUGUGAACAGGAGUGGCAAGGGCCUCUGUGUAGCCUAGGAACAGCUCAUUUCCCUGUGGGACACCAGUCUCUCAGUUUGACUGAUGUUCCCAUUGUAGCUCUGCCCCAAGCCCUCCUGUGCAAUCUGUGCUCGGAAGGACCAGUGCUGCUCCUUUGGCCACUAUUUCCUGAAGUUAAGGCUCCUUAGCUGGUGUUUUGUGCCUGCAGGGAGCUGUGCAGUAUGACUUGUGGAAGGAGCACAGAUAACAAGCACCCAUCUGUUCUUUUCCAUCCCCUCGGGAUGUCCGGGUGUCCCUGGUUAGAAUUCUUCUCUGGAUAAGAUAGUGGAGGUGUCACUGCAGGGCAGCCAGGGCAGAAAACAAUAGCAGGUCAAGUCCAGAAAAUAAGAUUGAUCAGUGAGUACAUCCCUGCUGUCAAUAAGGGGCAGAGCUGCUCUGGGGAAGUCAAGGCUGGAGCUGUAGCCCACGUCCCUUCAGCUUCUUCCUCUGAUAAACUUCCAGGAGAGCAGUCACACUUGCUCUUCUGGAAGCCUGGAGUCAGAAGCUCCACUGAGAGGAAGGCUGCAAGAGCCACAGCCUGCAUAAGGACUUUCAAGCCUCUGUCCCUUCAGUGGUGGCUCUUCCAAGGCUCAGUGUGAUGUUCCAGUUCUUGUUUUUCUUUGUUGUUCAGCUCCAGCCAGUGUCUUCAAUGGGUGAGUAAAGAGGCAUUGCCUUAUUUCUGUUUGCCAUCUCUAAGGUUUACAGUGAGCCUUGGUAUUCUUAGAUGAAAGGCUGGAAGGUGGGAGAAAAAUCCCUUUUCUUUGAAGGUGAUGUGAAAUUCCUUCCAGUUGGAAAGAUCCUUCUGUUAAAGUGUGAACUCUUCCAUACUGGGAGAAUCUCUAUUGCCAAGGCACUGUGGGAUUUUCCUCUCCCUUUGGAGGACAGACUCUAUGCUACCUUUUCACCUGCUUCCCUGACAAAUCUGAGCUGAAUUUAGUGCCAUAAUGCAGUGCUGCUCCCUUUAUUGCUUAGUUGUGCUGGAGCAGAGCCCUCCAGUUGUACAGUGCACCAGGAUUAAUCUCUGCAGGUUGGGGCACUCACCAGUGCUCACUGGAGCCUGAUUUGUCAGCCAGUGUGUGUGCUACCAUGUCAGCCAGGGAACUAAUGAUAGCAUCAGGUUUACAAAUGGAAAAGCUUUGCUUCGUAGCCAACGCUUGUCAGCCUCAAUUGCUCAGGCCACACAAGAGGUGUUGAGGAGGAAAAGAAUUGAGCCAAGAAAAAUGAAUAGUGAGUUAGAGAUAGUUACUUUUCUUGUGCAAGCCCCCAAGCUUGUUGUCUGGGGAGAAGAGAUGAGAGGCUGAUCAGUUGCUUCUCUAUUUUUGUGGAAUUUUUUUUCUUAAAAACCCAGUUUAAUUAGUUAAAAUUAAAAAACUGCGCUGCCAAAGACUGCUUGGUGUCUGCAAGGAGCCUGGUGUGGGGCAGCACAGCCAAAGGUGGCUGUGAGGAUCUGCAGUGUUCCAAAGUGCACUGCCUGCUUUUUCUGCUUGUUUGCUUCCCCCUCAACUUCUGCCAGAAGCUCUCAGGGGAAUGAAAGAUGGGAGGGAAUGCUACCUCAAUUCCCCUGAUGUGCUUUCUUCCAGCUCCCUCUGAGCUGCUGCGUGCUCAUCUCACUAAAUUUUGUCUUUAAAUUAUCUCCUGGAUGUUUAGCAGACAAUGUAAUCUCCCUGGAUGAGCAUUCCCAGAGCCUGUCUACAAAGGAUAUUUCAUAAUUACAUGAAAGCUAAUGAGAGUGUUGGUAUUUUUAGUGCUGCCCAGCUGGAGAGCUGACAGGGCAUUCCCGCUUCACUUCAUUUGGCUUUUAACAAGACGAAAACCUUUUCAUCUUAGUCAGUGACUCACCCCAAGGCCACACCAAAUCCUCCUGUGGAAACCAAGGGAAUGGCACAGAGGGAAACCCGGAGGAAGCUCUGUUCAGGACCUAUCUUUUCAUUUUGGGAGAAGUCAAACCAGCCUUUGGAGGAUGGGAUUUACAGUGCUGCUGCUGUCUGUGGGUAAGGGCAGGCAGACAGAGCAGGUGAAAAGGAGAGCUCACCAAGGAAUGCCUGGUGAAUCCCAUCAGAGAUUCCCUGCUGCAUUCCCCUCUGCUGCUCAGGAGAAUGAGGCUGGUUGUGGUGGCAGUGAAUCAGCUUCCCUGCAUAUCUUUGUGUCGUGGCACUAGAGAUUCCUUCAUAACUCAGAUCCAUCUUCCUUGUGCCAGCUCUGCAGCACUCCUGACUCUGGCAGCUCCUCCUGCCUUUUAUGCUGGAUUUGAGACCAAGGAAAAUGUAUCUGUGGCUGAGGAAGGCUUGAGAGAUGUUAUAUUUGUGAGAUAUUUCUACGAGGUAGCACAUCUGUGGGACAGAUAUUUACAGAGGACACAGGUAAACAAGAGUGACUUGAAGUCUAUUCUCUGAAGCACUUGUAGCACUUUAAAGUCAGUGAAACAAAUCAAAAUAAUGAACCAGGAUCAUUUGUGUUUCCUCCCUCACUCAUACUUCAUCACACUAUUGUCAAAACAAAACAGCACAGCUUUAGAACUUCAAAAGAAAUGUGCUGUGGAAAGUUGAGACUGUUCCAGUCCAAGAUGCAUUUUGUCAGAGUGAUUGGUUUUAUUAGCCUAAUUUAGGAAAUGGUAAUCAAUUUUCCUUACUCAGGGCUGUAUUAGCAUUCCUUUUGCCUAAUAGGGAAUUGCUUGUCAUGGAUAGGUUGUGCUUAAUCAGGUAUUAAAUGUAAGGCAAAAUGGAACCUCUGAACUUCCAGUGAGGAAUCUGCCAAAUGAGGGUUAAUUACGAAGAGACUGAAAAUUUAAUGAACACUUAAAUUCUUCAUUUACGUUCUCCCUAUGGUACUCUCAUAUUUUAAUUAUUUGCAGAAGGUUCAGAAAAGCCUCUGAAAAGGGACACACUCCUUGAACACUGCAUGAACAGACAUGCACUUACCAGGAAGUCCUUGUGUUUGUGUGUUGCCCCCACAAACACUCACUUCACUCACAAACAGCUGCUGUCCUGUGCAGAUCAGGAGGGUUUGUGGGCUUGCAAGGAGCACAGCUGCGUGAAGGGUUUAAUGUGGUGCUCCCCAGAAGGUCCCAAUUCAGACCUAGAUUAUCAGAUAAUGAAUAAAAAGGUUUGGCAGCUCAGCUGUGAGAGCUGACACUGGGGGAUGGGUUUUAAAAGAGGCUGCACAACCUGCUUGAGGCAUAGUCCUUUGUUCCAAGGCAAUGGGAGAGUUACCAGUGACUUCAGGAGGGGCUUGCAGGUGCUCAUUUAGUACUUGAAUGAAGGAUCGUUGUCUUAGGCAAGAUCUCGGGCUGUAUUUCCUAUGGCAAAAUCAUUACCUGGACUUGAGAUUUGCUUAUAUCUUCUUGUUUCCCCUGUCAGCUGAACAAGUGAAACUGUUACAUAAUGUUGUAAGAGCCCUGUUAAUUUACUGUUCCUCCAAGACCUUUAAGGUGAGCUGUCAGAAUUUUCCACAAGGCAGUGAGUUUGCUGGUAUAACCUUUUCUCUGCAGGGAUCUGUUAAGUCAGGGAUGGAGGAAAAAACACGCUUUUGUAAUUGGCUCGAUAUCUACCCGCUGCUCUCUCUCUGUGUCCCAGCCCUGGACCCCUGCUCUGCCUACAUCAGCCUGAACGAGCCCUGGAGGAACACGGACCACCGCAUCAACGGCUCUCACGGGCAGCCCACGUGCGACAGCGGCAUCGACGGCGAGUGGUACCGCUUCACAGGCAUGGCCGGCGACGCCAUGCCCACCUUCUGCAUCCCCGAGAACCACUGCGGCACGCACGCGCCCAUCUGGAUGAACGGCAGCCACCCGCGCCCGGCCGACGGCGUCGUGCGGCGCCAGGCCUGCGCCAGCUUCAGCGGCAACUGCUGCCUCUGGAACGCCACCAUCGAGGUCAAGGCCUGCCCGGGCGGGUACUAUGUGUACCACCUCACCAAGCCCAGCGUCUGCUUCCACGCUUACUGUGGGCAUUUUUAUGACAUCUGUGAUGUGGUGGAUUGCCAGGGCUCCUGCCUGGACACCAGUGACUGCACGUGUUCCCCGGGUACGACACUCGGACCUGAUGGCCAGACAUGCCUUGAUGAAAAUGAGUGUGAGCAGAACAACGGAGGCUGCAGCGAGUUCUGUGUUAACCUGAAGAAUUCCUUCCGCUGUGAGUGCGGGGUCGGGCGCACGCUGGGAAGUGAUGGGAAAACCUGUGAAGAAAUUGAAGGCUGUCACAAUAACAACGGAGGCUGCAGCCACACCUGCAUUGAGGUGGAAGACACCUACCAGUGUGAAUGUCCCAGGGGACUUGUUCUGUCAGAAGACAACCACACUUGCCAGGUUCCAGUGCUGUGCAAGUCCAGCUCUAUUGAGGUGAACAUCCCAAAGGACCUGGUUGGAGGCCUGGACCUUUCCCUCAUCAACACCUCGUGCAAAGGCGUAUCCAACGGCACUCACGUCAACAUCCAUUUCUCCCUGAAGUCCUGUGGUACUGUGGUAGAUGUGAUAAAUGACAAAAUCAUUGCCACCAACCUGGUGACUGGCUUGCCCAAGCAGACCCCGGGCAGCAAUGGGGACAUCAUUGUGCGCACCAGCAAGCUGCUGAUCCCGGUGACGUGCGAGUUCCCGCGCCGCUACACCAUCUCCGAGGGCUACGUGCCCAACCUCAAGAACUCUCCCCUGGAGAUCAUGAGCCGCAACCAGGGCAUCUUCCCCUUCACCCUGGAGAUCUUCAAGGACAAAGACUUUGAUGAGCCCUACAGGGGUGCUCCGCCCACCCUCAAGCUUCGGGACUCCCUGUACUUCGGGAUCGAGCCCUUGGUGCACGUCAGCGGGCUGGAGACGCUGGUGGAGAGCUGCUUUGCCACUCCCACCUCAAAAAUUGAUGAGAUCCUGAAGUACUACCUGAUUCAAGAUGGCUGUGUUUCUGAUGAUUCUGUGAAGCAGUACACGUCAAAGGACCAUCUUGCCAAGCAUUUCCAGGUUCCUGUGUUCAAGUUUGUGGGCAAAGACAACAAGGAGGUGUUCCUGCACUGCCGCAUCCUCGUGUGCGGGGCGCUGGACGAGACCUCGCGCUGCGCCCAGGGCUGCCGGAGACGCACGCGCAGGUCGGCCGAGCAACAGGAGGAGGAGGAGGAAUCUGCUCACAUGGCAAACCACAUCCUGACAGGAGGGCCCAUCAGAAUCGACUUUGAUGACUGACACCCACCCUCUGGAACAGCAUCUCUGACCUUCCUUCUCGCUGCCUUCUGUUGUGUGUUUGAGAAACGAGAGGUAUUUGUUAAGGUCCCGCUUGAACCUCAGGACUCAUUUCCUUAACUCUGUGGUGAUUAUUUGUGAAGUAUUUUGGGCCCAGGAGACAGGCCUUGGAGUGUGACCUGGACUGCAGAACAGUUUAGUUUUACCUGCAUUUCUCCCCAAGAACCCUGAAGGGACCCUGUUUCUUUGCAGGCCGGAAGUGUUACCCAAUUUUGCCUUUCCACACAUCCACCUACAGGCCACAGGACUGUUUGUCCUUGACUAAACAAAUGUUAUCCAAGCCCUUCUUGCAUCAGACAGUACAAAUAGUAUCGUAGCCCAGUGUGUUUGCUGUGCAGCUCUGUGAGUGAUGCUGAAGCUUUCAGGUGACUGUUAAUAAAAACAUGUAUAAAAUAUAUCUCAUCCUGUGUAAGUUCCUUGGAGCAAUGCAAUUGUCAUCACAGGCAGCUAAAGCUCAGAUCUGUCACAGGCACAUUUAAAUGUGAUUUUAAGAAGCAAAAGUAUUUAAUGACAUUUGAUUUUUUUAAUGGCUCUUGAUAAUUGCAUGAAGUUUAAUAGUGUUUCCUCCUGUAUUUAGUGUAUCAUUAUUCUUCUACCUCUUCUCCCACCACCAAAAAUGCCUUUCCUAAGUGCUAUAGCACCUUGCUUGUAAGAGAAACACCAUUAAACAUCUAUACACACCCCC